GUGUAAGCUGCUGAUUCAGCUGGUCUGUCAGGUUCUCAUGUGUUAUAACUCAGCUCACACUGUGUUGUUCUGUGUGUGUUCUUAAUGUUUUGGGCUGUUAUAAGUCAGAGAUGUCAGUGUCCGCAAUGUCUGAGGUCCGGUUAAAGCUCAGGGAUCUGCUGCUGGGUCUGGAAGACGCUGAGGGCUUUUUCUGCCUGUGUCUGUCUGCACUGGGUGAGAGAGACACUCUAGCUCUGUUUCUGGACCUGAUUAAACCUCUUGCUUCAGGGCAUGUUCAGCUGUACAGCCAGCUCUCUGCCAUCCACACCAACUACUUCUCACGGGAUGAGGAAGAAGCACUGGAGGUAGCCAUAGCUCUUUCUCUUCAUGACACCAACCAAAGAAGCUUUGACCAACUGGCUGAAAGAGGAUCAGAGAACAGGGAGCCAGGAGAUCCAGAGAAACUCAUUCAGAAAGGAUGCACACUGAAACACAUCAGGCCUCAGAGAGACUCCACUGAUACUUAUACUUCAGGCCCAUCCUUGGUUGUAGAUGAUGUGCCUUUAAAGAAUGAAGACAGGGGUCACUUAACAAAGCCAAAGAAAUCACGGAGGCACCGGAAAAAGCAGCAAAUGCUGAAGAAUCCAUCGGCCCCGCGGCCUGUGCUGCUGUGGCUCCGACGGGACCUCCGCAUGUGGGACAAUCCAGCCCUGAUUGGCUGCCUUGAGUUAGGUGCACCCAUCAUUCCUGUAUUCCUAUGGAAUGCUACAGAGGAGGAAGGGUCAGGGCUCACUAAAGCAGCAGGUGGAGCGAGUAAGUACUGGAUGCAUCAGGCGCUGGUCUGUCUGAACCGUUCUCUUGAGGAACGCGGUAGUCACCUGGUCACUCAGAGAGCCGAGCCGUCCUCCUUAACUGCCCUGCAGGCACUGGUGGCAGAGACCGGGGCAGGAACUGUGGUGGCCACUGCACUGUAUGAGCCAUGGCUUCAGGAACGAGAUGAAGCUGUGUGGGCUACACUGGAGAAACAGGGUGUGAAAUGUCACAUAUACCACUCCUACUGCCUCAGAGACCCCAACACUGUCAGCACAAGGGGUGUUGGCCUGAGAGGUAUCGGCUCUGUAUCUCACUUUAUAAGCUGCUGCAAUCAAAACCCUGGCCCUGGAAUAGGAGCACCACUGGAUGCCCCCGGUGCUCUGCCUUCUCCAUCAUCCUGGCCUCAGGGAUGCCCUCUCACCCAGCUGGAAUUGGCUCUAAUGCCCGUCAGGAAAGAUGGCACUGUGAUUGACUGGGCAGCAAAUAUUCGACAAGCAUGGGAUUUCAGUGAGGAAGGAGCUCAGGCUCGAUUAGAGACUUUCCUAAAAGAUGGUGUGUACCGCUAUGAGAAAGAGUCAUGUCGAGCGGAUGUUCCAAACACCAGCUGUCUGUCUCCUUACCUACACUUUGGGCAGCUGAGCGUUCGCUCUCUGUUGUGGGAUGCUCGAGAUGCUCGUUGCCGGCCUCAAAAGUUCCAGCGUAAGUUUGCAUGGAGAGAUCUGGCAUACUGGCAGCUCUGCCUGUUCCCAGACCUGCCCUGGGAAUCCCUCAGGCCUCCAUACAAGGCUCUUCCCUGGAAUUCAGAUCGUGCCCACCUCAAGGCUUGGCAGCGUGGGCGUACCGGGUACCCGCUGGUUGAUGCAGCCAUGCGGCAGCUGUGGCUCACAGGCUGGAUGAACAACUACAUGAGGCAUGUGGCUGCAUCCUUCCUUAUUGCCUACCUCCACAUCGCCUGGCAGGAGGGAUACCGCUGGUUUCAGGAUACUCUAGUGGACGCUGAUGUUGCUAUAGAUGCUAUGAUGUGGCAGAAUGGAGGCAUGUGUGGUCUGGACCACUGGAACUUCGUCAUGCACCCGGUGGAUGCGGCGUUAACCUGCGACCCCAAUGGAAACUAUGUUAGGCAGUGGUGUCCUGAGCUUAAGGGACUGCCAGACGACUUCAUCCAUAAGCCCUGGAUGUGCCCAGGCUCUGUACUGCGUAGGGCAGGUGUGAUUUUAGGCCAGAACUACCCAGAGCGUGUUGUGGUUGAGCUGGAGGAGCGGCGUGCCCAGUCUCUGCAGGAUGUGAGGAUGGUAAGGAAGCGUUUCAGUGAGUACGUGUGCCAGCAGACGGGCUGCGACCUACUGCCCCUACCCACCAAGCUUGUCCAGGAGGCCCUGGGGAGCACGGAUGACCUAGUGCAGCGUGGAGGGAAUGAGUUCCUGCUCCCAGUCAUCACACGAAUGGAGUUCAGACUGGAGUCUGAAGAUACAGCCAGCCACAGCGCAGUUCUGAAAGGCUACGUCAGCCGCAAGAGAGACGAGAAAAUUGCCUUCCUAAACAAGUGUGACUUUACAGCCAGCGUGAUGUACGAGAACGCUCAGAGGAGAGAGAGGAUGGAGAAGAACCACUGCAUGCUUGAAGAUCUCCAGUGCCCCCCCACCAAUAGGGGGAGAGGGCGGCAUCGCAACAGCAGGCCUGUGAGUGGUGCUGCACAGCAAAGAUAAGCCAGUACUUUAGAGAAGUCAGUGGCAUUUCCACAGUCACUUUUAGAGCUUGUAAACAAAGGUGACUUUCUGGAGUGUGCGUGUGUGUUUUAUUGAGCAGAUACACUUGAUUUUCCUUCACACUGCUGCCAAGGGCAGUG